AUGCGUCUUACCUUUGCUCUACUCCUCUUCCUGAUUGCACUCACUGUCGCUCUCCCAGUAGCCAAUCCGGCUAACAACAAAUCUUCUACGAGCAAGAACUCUGCCAGCAAGGCCUCUAAUAACAACUCUUCCAACAACAAAUCUUCUUCUUCCAACAAGUCUUCUUCUUCCAACAAGUCCUCUUCCUCCAACAAGUCCUCUUCCUCCAACAAGUCCUCUUCCAACAAGUCCUCUUCUUCCAACAAGUCUUCUUCUUCCGAGAAGAAGAAACUUGAGGACGGCAUCAAUGCUAAUUUGAAAGCUGGCAAUAAAGAGAUUUCUGAAACCAAGAAAGCAGAGAAAGCUGCCAAGGAUGGCAACACCAAGGGCCUCAAGGCGGAUGAGAAGGGAAUCUCGAAUGCUUUGAAAGAGGCGAUCAAAGACCGCGAAAGAAACCAAAAGCUGGCCAGCAAGGGCAAGCAGGAUGCCACCUUGAAUGCUGGACUUAAUAAGGUUGAGAAAGCGCAAAAGGGUGCGAAGCAGACGGUGAAUGGCUUGACCGGUAACCCUAAGAAGGACCAGUCGUCUCUGGGUAAAUUGGAGACCACUUUCGAGAACGGCAAGAAGACCAACGAGCAGAACUUGAAUGAGGUCAAGAAGAACUUCCGCUAG